AUGGCGACGGGUCGUCGGGUUGUGCUAACUACGGAAAGCAGUGCUCCCUCUCAGAACGAUCCGGGCAGAGAAUUAUUCGAAGCCUGUAGGAAUGGAGAUUUAGGGAAAGUCAGAAAAUUAAUCACACCACAAAACGUAAAUGCUAAGGAUACUGCUGGACGGAAAUCUACACCACUUCACUUUGCCGCAGGGUUUGGACGAAAAGACGUUGUUGAACAUUUACUGGAAUGCGGUGCCAAUGUACAUGCCAGAGACGAUGGGGGGCUGAUCCCGCUACACAACGCGUGCUCAUUUGGACAUGCAGAAGUCGUCACAUUGCUUCUUCGUCAUGGAGGUGAACCAAAUGCAAGAGACAACUGGAACUACACCCCUCUUCAUGAGGCUGCCAUUAAAGGAAAAAUUGAUGUUUGUAUAGUCUUAUUACAGAAUGGAGGGGAUCCAAGUAUACGUAACACAGAUGGCAAAACAGCUUUGGAUCUUGCAGACCCAACAGCCAAAGCUGUUCUUACAGGUGAAUAUAAGAAGGAUGAACUGUUAGAAGCAGCUCGUAGUGGCAAUGAGGAACAGCUGAUGACUCUUCUUACAACACUCAAUGUCAACUGUCAUGCCAGUGAUGGCAGAAAGUCCACGCCGUUGCAUUUGGCAGCUGGCUACAACAGGACAAGAAUAGUGCAGCUGCUGCUGCAGCAUGGUGCAGAUGUGCACGCCAAAGAUAAGGGUGGUCUGGUGCCCCUUCAUAAUGCCUGUUCUUAUGGCCACUUUGAAGUUACAGAGAUGCUGUUGAAAGCAGGAGCCAGUGUGAAUGCUGUUGACCUGUGGCAGUUUACUCCCUUGCACGAAGCUGCCUCCAAAUCCCGAGUGGAGGUCUGUUCCCUUCUGCUGGCCCAUGGGGCAGAUCCCACACUAGUCAACUGCCACAACAAGAGUGUUAUGGAUGUUGUGCCCAGUAGGGAGCUCCAGGAAAGAAUUCAGUGUGAAUAUAAAGGUCAUGCAUUAUUGGAGGGGGCUCGGCAAGCAGAUGUGACGAGAGUGAAGAAGUACCUUUCCCUUGACAUCAUCAACUUUAAACACCCCUACUCUGGCGAUUCAGCUUUGCAUUGUGCUGCAGCUUCCCCAUUUCCCAAAAGAAAACCAGUAGUUGAGCUUUUGAUACGGAAAGGAGCAAAUCUCAAUGAUAAGAACAAAGACUAUUUAGCACCCCUUCACAUCGCUGCAGACAAAGCCCACUAUGAUGUUAUGGAUGUUCUUCUCAAACAUGGAGCAAAGGUGAAUGUUCUCGAUGGCUUAGGUCAAACAGCGUUGCACCGUGUCGGACAGCAAGGCAACAUGCAGGCCUGUCGACUUCUGAUGUCGUACGCUGUAGACUCGAGUAUUGUUUCAGUUCAAGGUUACACAGCUGCUCAGUUAGCAACAGAGAACAUUCAGAAACUGUUGAGAGAAGAUCCCCCAGUGGGAGGAACAGAUGUUGAUAUUCAACUUUUGGAAGCUGCCAAAGCUGGCGAUUUAGAACUUGUUAAGAAACUGGUUGCUACAAACCUGCAUGCUGUGAACUGCCGUGAUGUUGACGGACGUCAUUCCACUCCUCUGCAUUUCGCUGCCGGUUAUAACCGUGUUUCGGUGGUGGAGUAUUUGCUGGAGCAUGGUGCAGAUGUACAUGCCAAAGAUAAGGGGGGUCUGGUGCCAUUACACAAUGCCUGUUCAUAUGGUCAUUAUGAAGUGACAGAGCUCUUAAUCAAGCAUGGUGCCUGUGUGAAUGUGGCCGAUCUUUGGAAGUUCACUCCUCUCCAUGAAGCAGCUUCCAAAGGAAAAUUUGAAAUAUGUAAAAUAUUACUCAAGCAUGGUGCUGACCCAAACAAAAAGAACCGUGACGGACACACACCAUUGGAUCUAGUCAAGGAGGGAGACCAAGAUGUUGCAGAUCUUUUGAGGGGUGACGCUGCAUUACUAGAGGCAGCAAAGAAAGGCAACUUGGCCAGGGUACAAAAACUGGCGACAGAUGAGAAUAUAAAUUGUCGAGAUACUCAGGGUCGAAACUCUACACCACUGCAUCUUGCAG